AAACAAUAUUUUAGACCGAAGGCAAGGAUUAUAAAUUUUACGAGAUGAACAGCGAAUUUAAAAAGGCCAUACAUUGCAGGCGUAUGGCGAACGAAAGUUCAAAAUAUUGCGAAGAUUACCUUCUCAGGAAAGAAGGACGAAACAAGUGGAUACAAUAUUGGGUUGUUAUUAGAGGCGUUUGGAUGUUGUUCUACAGAGAUCAAGCUACAACUAACCGAGAUAAUUUUAAAGGUUCCGUCGAACUAACGUCAUGCACAAAGUGCAACACAGCGAGAAGAGGAAAUUAUAGCUUUCCGUUCUUUGUCGUCACAGCGAGAGGAACACAUCUCUUCAAGGGUGAUACGCCGGCUCCACCUCCCUUAGCUGUCCCUUCCCCGCUUUCUUCAUCUACGGAAUUAAACUCUCAUGACGCCGAGGUUAAUCACGCAGAGAUAUGCAGGCAGAACUCUGAGUCAGAUGAAGACGAUCUCUCUAUUCCACCGGGUGUGAUUCUUGUUACUACGCCCAUAGAAGAAUUGUCUCACGACGAGAAAACAUCAAAUGAACACACCAGCGCCAUUCAAGGUCAAGUACAACAUGAUAACCUCAGCAAAGCUGUGCUAACGACAGGAAUCACUGGAGCAACGCGUGUUGUCAGAGAACCGUCCUCUACCAAAGCUUCUGCGCCUCAACCCGUUACUCGUCCUUUUCAGUCAACAACAGGUGUGUCACCAUGUCAGCUGAAGUAUUUUCCUAUUGGCCUUAGUCCUCCCUCCGCCAUUUCAUGGCGUCGAAGUAGUCCCGAUCGGCCAAGCAGCAGUCCCAGUCUUAAUCACACGCGAAGGCAUUUAGGGACUAAACAGUUGGCAAGAUCGCCGCUCACUAACAAUAGAUUUUCACGAUACAUGGCAAAGUCUGUACCUGAUAUGAAAAUUUUAUCACUGGAGGAUCCAAGCUGAAAUAGAGAGAGUGAAUUUUUUAUCGUGGUGCAAAUUGUAAAAUGGCUCAAAAUUUCGAUUAUUUACGCGAAUUUCUAAAAGCAAACCACGAUUUACAUUUGAGUGAAUAAGUAUUUUAAGCUAAUACAAAACUUGUUGCCAUUUCUGUCACGUAUAAGUUCAGGGCUCCCAAUUUUGGCAGUAACAAUUUAGGGUGAAACAUGCAGAGAAAUAGAGCAAACUAACAAACAAUUUUCUCCAAAGUUGGAGAAGUGUUGCGAUUUUGUGCGAAGUAAACAAACCAAAGAAAUUGUUUCAUAGCAUAAUCAAAGCCAAAAGGUAUGACUUGCGGCACAAUGCGCGGGAAAAGCACUGUAACAAACGCCAAGCGUGGAAAAUUGUCAUGCUCUAAUUGUUUACAGUAAGUUAGAUGACGUGUGGAACCAAUCAGAUACUACGCAAUGCAGUAAGAGAUCUACCUUCAGACAAAUACAACUUGAACUAUAUUGGUCAGUAAUGGUAGAAUUUAACGUUUAAGAAACGCAAUGAAAUUCUCUGCUCAUAAAGUUAGAGUUGCUUCGUGCAGCUAUAAGUUUGGCUGCGAUGCAAAGGAGAGGCGUUUUAUCGUUUACAAAAUUAGUCAAACAAUGUAAGUAAUGUAUUUAAAUUUAUUUAUACAUUUAGAAUGCUAGAUUCAGCAUUAUAAAAAGGUGUUAAGUUCAAAAAAUAAGUUAACUUUUCUUAGAAACUUUUCACGUUGAUGGGACAGAAAUGUGGUGAAUAAAAGUUUUGUUCUGCGUCGUGCUAGAAAAUUUA